GCGACUGAAAACCUUUGGCCCACCUGCGCCUCCGAGGAGCUGCGCCGCUCGGGCCGCAACCCCAGCCGCGUUACUACUACUCCACCCGCGGCCGCACUCCCGGCGCCACCACCAUGCGCACCAGUCGGAAUUUGUCUCUCAGCCUCACCUUUCUCCUGCUGCUGCUUCAGGCGUCGUUAUGGCAUUGCGAGAACACUGGGCAUUGCCGUUCGGGCUUUGCCUCCGAAAGUUAUACCUUCGAGGUGUCCCGGGCACACCUGCAGCGAGGCCGAAUCUUGGGCCAAGUUCACUUUGAAAGCUGUUCUGAAAGAAAGCUGAAUGCCUAUUUCUCUGAGGAUUCAAGAUUCAAAGUGACUUCUGCGGGUGUCGUCAUUGUCAAGAGGUCUCUACAACUCCAUGAUUUAGAAACAAGCUUUAAUAUCUAUGCUUGGGAUGCUGCAGGUAAAAAACUCUCAACCAGAUUGACAGUGAAGGCACCAUCAAUACGACAUCGACGGCACCACCACCACCACCAGCACAGAGAGGAAUCUCUCCCAGAAGAACAGAGAGAAGUACUGAUGUUUCCCAGCUCUCGCUCUGGUCUUAAGAGGCAGAAGAGAGACUGGGUUAUCCCUCCCAUUAGCUGCCCCGAGAAUGAGAAGGGUCCAUUCCCUAAAGUCUUGGUUCAGAUCAAGUCCAACCGAGAUAAAGAAACAAAAGUUUUCUAUAGCAUCACAGGACAAGGGGCAGAUGAGCCUCCACAAGGGGUCUUUAUUAUUGAAAGAGAAACAGGGAUCCUGAAAGUGACAGCGCCUUUGGACAGAGAAGACAUUCCAAGAUACAUCCUUUACUCCCAUGCUGUGUCUUCAAAUGGCCAAUCUGUGGAGGAUCCAAUGGAGAUAGUGAUUAGAGUAACAGAUCAGAAUGACAACCGUCCUCAGUUUAUACAGGAGGUGUUCAAAGGAUCUGUGAUGGAAGGAGCUCAUCCAGGUACCUCCGUGAUGCAGGUGUCAGCCACUGAUAAGGACGAUGAUGAGAAUACCUACAAUGCUUUGAUCGCUUAUUCUAUUCUUAGUCAGGAGCCCAAGGCACCCCAUGAUAGUAUGUUCACCAUCAACCGGGCAAAUGGAAUCAUCAGCGUGGUCACACCUGGCCUAGACAGAGAGAGCAACCCAGAGUAUACACUGAUUGUCCAAGCUGCUGACUUGGACGGAGAAGGUCUAAGUACCACAGCCACAGCGAUGAUUACAGUCACGGACACGAAUGACAACCCUCCUAUCUUCAACCCAACUACGUAUGUGGGUGAAGUGUUGGAGAAUGAAGUGGACGCAGUCAUUACAAAGUUAAAAGUGACUGAUGCAGAUGUUCCUAAUACUCCAGCAUGGACAGCGGUCUAUUCUAUCCUAAAUGAUGAAAAGGGUCUCUUUGCUGUUACCACUAACCCAGCAACCAAUGAAGGAAUUUUGAAAACAGCCAAGGGUUUGGAUUUUGAGACCAAGCAGCAAUACAUUCUUCACAUAACAGUAGUGAACGAGGUUCCAUUUGUUGUCAGCCUCCCUACCUCUACAGCCACAGUCACUGUGGAUGUCAUGGAUGUGAAUGAAGCCCCGGUCUUCAUGCCACCAGUUAUGAGAGUCGAGAUACCAGAAGAUUUCGAGUUGGGUGCUAGAAUUACAUCCUACACCGCUCAGGAUCCCGACAAGUUUCAGUCACAGAAGAUAAUGUAUCGAAUUUGGAGGGAUCCAGCCAACUGGCUGGACGUUAAUCCUGAGUCGGGGGUCAUUUCUACUCGGGACAAUCUGGAUAGAGAAAACAUUGAGUAUGUGAAGAACAGUACCUACACAGCCCUCAUUGUGGCCGUGGAUGAUGGUUCUCCUCCAGCCACGGGCACAGGAACCCUUCAGUUGUUUCUCUUGGACAUAAAUGAUAAUGGUCCAGUACCUGAACCUCGAAGCAUGGACAUUUGCCAGAGGAAUCCAGAGCCUCAGAUUAUAAAUAUUGUUGAUCCAGACCUUCCACCAAACACUUCCCCCUUCAUGGCAGAAUUAACACAUGGCGCUAGUGUUAACUGGACGAUUGAAUUUAAUGAUAACGCAAGAGAAUCUCUGACUUUGAGGCCAAAGAAAGAAUUAGAACUUGGGGAAUACAAGAUAAAUCUCAAGCUGACAGACAACCAGAAUAAAGACCAGGUGACCACCUUGGAGGUGUACGUGUGUGACUGUGAAGGUGCUGUGUCCAAGUGUGUGAAGACGGGUGUAAUUGCCCAGACUGGCGUGGAUGUACCGGCUAUCCUGGGAAUACUAGGAGGAAUCCUUGCACUGCUGAUUUUACUGCUGCUGCUGCUUCUCUUUAUCCGAAGAAGGCCAGCGGUGAAAGAGCCUUUACUGCCCCCUGAUGAUGACACCCGGGACAAUGUCUAUUAUUAUGAUGAAGAGGGAGGCGGAGAAGAAGAUCAGGACUUUGACUUGAGUCAGUUGCAUCGGGGCCUGGAUGCUCGACCAGAAGUGAUUCGUAGCGACGUGAUACCAACACUCAUGAGUGGCCCUGAGUAUCGCCCUCGACCAGCAAAUCCAGAUGAAAUUGGCAAUUUCAUUGAUGAGAACCUGAAGGCGGCUGACAGCGACCCCACAGCGCCCCCUUAUGACUCCCUGCUCGUAUUUGACUAUGAAGGCAGCGGCUCUGAGGCGGCCUCCCUGAGCUCCCUCAACUCGUCUGGCGCUGACGAAGACCAGGAUUAUGAUUACCUGAACGAAUGGGGCAAUCGCUUUAAAAAGCUGGCCGACAUGUAUGGCGGAGGGGAGGAUGAUUAAAGGCAGAGCCUGGGGCUCAGAGUCAAGAAACAGUCUCCAGGGGCUAUCAUCCCCAGGAUCAGGAGAAAGAGGCACGUGUGAUCCAAGUGCUAUCUGUUCCUCGCUCAACUGUGUAACAAAAAUAGGAAUUAUUGCUAAUUUACAAGGUUAGUUUUCUAUUUUAAGGCUAGUAUCAGUUCUCUCUUCCUACUCUCACCCCUCACCUUUAAUUUCUUGAGAGACACAAGUAAAGGUUUCAGCAAGUAAAGGAAAUCUGUUUCAAGGGCAGUUUUUCCAGUCUUAGAGCCACCAUGUUGGUGGGCACUUCUUUGGGGCUCUGCCUAAGUUGAUAAUAAAAAUAGAUGGCAGCUGGCCCCCCACUCUCUCUCACCUCUGCACCCCCUUUUUAAAUGUGUGUAAUGUUUUUUUUUUAUUUGUUUUCAUUUUUACUUUUACUUUGGUUCUAAAUCGAUUCCUUCCCUCUUCUAUCAUCGCAUCUUUCCAGGCAGGAGCUCUCAGAAGCACAUACCUUACUUCACAUUUAUGGGCAAGACUGGCCACGGCCAUUUUAUAAACUUGACAUCAUGGUGUCCAUAAGUUUUCCUUUAUCACCAGUUCAUUAUGUACAAGUAUGUCUCAAGUUUGUGAAGGGAUACUGGUCAUGUAAGGGUCAUUAUUAUUGUUGGAAUUCUUUUGGAGAGAUGUCACAGAAGGAGAAACUAACAGGAAAUAGGGAUUUUUUUCCGUGUCUCAUAAUUAAUAGAAUGAAAUAAUGAUGCACCAACCAGGGAAGCGUUGACAGUGCAGUCGCCAAAGAUUGGAGAUGAUAGGUUAGAGUGGAAGCAAUAGCCAGAAGCAUCGGAGAAGGAAGCUUUAACAUGUCUUUGGAGAAGAGGAUUCUAUCCAGGAGGGGUGCUGCAGUUGAAACAUUUGGUUUCAGAGGUUCUAGGUUCUCCUCAGAUUUCCCAAGUAUUGAUUUUGGGUCAUGUCUCCUGCAUGCACUAGCAGACAGAUAAUAAGAAAAACUGAGGAAGUUAGCAAGCAGGCAUCUUCCCUGGAGAUAGACUAAAUUGGCUGAAAGGCUUCUCCCCCUUUCGCCAGAUCAACAGGUGAGGUGCUGAACAGAGGAGCUUAGACCAGAUGUGGGGAACCUGCAGCCUCGAGGCCACAUGUGGCCCUCUAGGUCCUCAAGUGCGGCCCUUUGACCAAAUCCAAACUUCACAGAACAAAUCCCCUACAUAAAAGGACUUGUUCUGUCAAACUUGGUUCCCCACCCCUGGCUUACACUAAUUGCCACGCACGAAGGAAAUGUUUUGUCAGAAUGGCCAUUAAGGGUUUUUGGUGCUUUCUGUUCGCAAUACCCCUGAAAUGUCUUCUGUCUUUUGCAGCCAAACAGUCUGUGAUGAUUUAGCACUGUUUCUAGAAUGCAUCUGUUCAGGUCCUUUUAAAUUUUGUACAGUGUGGGUGUGGAAGACAGCUGUGAUCCAUGUUGACAAGAAUUAAACCCUUGAAAAUGCAUUUUUAUAAAUUAUAUUAAAUAAUUUUGUUAAACUGU